AAUGCCGCCGUCCCGGAAGUGGAGCUGCGCGGGGCAGGCCGGGAUGGAGGAGGAAGAGCUGGACUUCGCCUGCGAGCUGGAGGCGGCUCUGCAGCUGGCCCCCGAGGUCCAGCUGGCCAUCGAGCAGGUUUUCCCUAGUCAAGAUCCGCUAGACAGAUCUGAUUUUAACGCCGUGGAAUAUAUUAAUACGCUCUUCCCAACAGAACAGUCUUUGGCAAACAUCGACGACGUGGUGAAUAAGAUCAAGCUGAAAAUAAGGCGCUUGGAUGAUAACAUCCGGACGGUGGUGAGAGGGCAGACCAAUGUGGGACAAGAUGGCCGGCAGGCUCUUGAAGAGGCCCAGAAAGCCAUUCAGCAGCUCUUUGGGAAGAUUAAGGACAUCAAGGAUAAAGCCGAAAAGUCCGAGCAGAUGGUUAAAGAAAUCACCCGCGACAUCAAGCAGUUGGAUCAUGCCAAGCGCCACUUGACCACCUCCAUCACGACGCUGAACCAUCUCCACAUGCUGGCCGGCGGGGUGGAUUCUCUCGAGGCCAUGACCCGGAGGAGGCAGUACGGCGAGGUGGCCAAUCUUCUGCAAGGAGUCGUAAACGUGCUGGAGCACUUCAGCAAGUACACGGGGAUCCCCCAGAUCCGGCAGCUUUCUGAAAGGGUGAAGGCCGCCCAGAACGAGUUGGGACAGCAGAUCCUGGCGGACUUUGAAGAAGCUUUUCCUUCCCAAAGCACAAAGAGGGCCGGAGGACCCAGCAACGUCCUGCGAGACGCGUGUCUGGUGGCCAACGUCCUGGACCCCAGGAUCAAGCAGGAGAUCAUCAAGAAGUUCAUCAGGCAGCACCUCUCUGAAUACCUCUUGCUCUUCCAGGAGAACCAAGAUGUUGCCUGGCUGGAUAAAAUCGACCGGCGCUACGCUUGGAUAAAACGCCAGCUGGUGGACUAUGAGGAGAAAUAUGGCCGCAUGUUCCCCCUGGAGUGGUGCAUGACGGAGCGGAUCGCUGUGGACUUCUGCCACAUGACACGGACGGAGCUGGCCAAGAUCAUGCGCACCAGAGCCAAGGAGAUCGAGGUCAAGCUGCUCCUCUUCGCCAUCCAGAGGACCACCAAUUUUGAGGGGCUGCUGGCCAAGCGCUUCUCGGGCAGCACUUUGUCGGAUGCGGUGGCGAAGAAGGCCGAGCUGCCCCCGCCUUGUACCAAUCCCUUCCUGGAGGAGGAAACUACGCCGGAGACGGAAGAAGCCACCACGGAAAAGAGUGACGUUGAAAAACCCAAAAGGCCAAAGGCCCCGGAGAACCCGUUCCACGGCAUCAUUUCCAAGUGCUUUGAGCCCCACCUCUACGUCUACAUCGAAUCCCAAGACAAAAACCUCAGCGAGCUGAUUGACAGGUUUGUGGGCGACUUCAAGGCCCAGGGCCCCCCCAAACCGAACGUGGACGAAGGAGGGGCCGUCCUGCCCAGCUGCGCCGACCUCUUUGUGUACUACAAGAAGUGCAUGGUCCAGUGUUCGCAGCUGAGCACCGGCGAGCCGAUGAUUGCCCUGACCAGCAUCUUCCAGAAGCACCUCCGGGAGUACGCUUGGAAGAUCCUUUCGGGGAACUUGCCCAAGACGAGCAGCAGCGGUGGAGGCGGGCUGAACAUCACCAGCCUGCUGAAGGAGAAGGAGGGCUCCGAAGCGGCCAAGUUCACCCUGGAAGAGCUCUGUCUGAUCUGCAGCAUCCUGAGUACCGCCGAGUACUGCUUGGCCACCACCCAGCAGCUUGAAGAAAAGCUCAAAGAGAAAGUAGACAUCAGCCUGAUGGAAAGGAUCAACCUGACGGUGGAAAUGGACACUUUCAGCGGAGUGAUUUCCAGCAGCAUCCAGCUUCUGGUGCAGGACUUGGACGCAGCCUGUGAUCCGGCCCUCACCGCCAUGAGCAAGAUGCAGUGGCAGAACGUGGAGCACGUGGGCGACCAGAGCCCGUACGUCACCUCCGUGAUCCUGCACAUCAAGCAGAACGUUCCCAUCAUCCGCGACAACCUGGCCUCCACCCGCAAGUACUUCACCCAGUUCUGCAUCAAGUUUGCCAACAAUUUUAUCCCCAAAUUCAUCAACCACCUCUUCAAGUGCAAGCCGAUCAGCAUGGUGGGGGCAGAACAGCUGCUGCUGGACACCCACUCUCUGAAGAUGGUCCUCCUCGACCUGCCGUCCAUCGGGUCCCAGGUGGUGAGGAAAGCCCCUGCCAGCUACACCAAGAUCGUGGUGAAGGGCAUGACCCGGGCGGAGAUGAUCCUCAAGGUUGUGAUGGCCCCGCACGAGCCCCCAGUGGUCUUUGUGGACAACUACAUCAAACUCCUGGCCGACUGCAGCACAGACACCUUCCAGAAGAUCCUGGACAUGAAGGGUCUCAAACGGAGUGAGCAGAGCAGCAUGCUGGAUUUGUUCCGCCAGAGGCUCCCAGCCCCUCCUUCCGGGGUGGAGAACGCCGCCUCUGUCUCCCUGCUGGCCCCCACGCCCGAGCAGGAGUCUUCCCGCAUCCGCAAGCUGGAGAAGCUCAUCAAGAAGAGGCUGUGAAGAUGGUGGGGACUCUUUUCCGUGCUCCCCCUUUUGUUGUCCUUGGGCGGGGGCCUUCCCCCUCUUGCCCCCGGUUUGAGUUUGCACUCCUCGUCCAGAUAACGUCCUUUCGGGAUCCACUCCUCUUUCCUGCCAGGGCCUCCUCGUCUGAGGCCCCCUUCUGAUAUAUUUUCAGCAUCCAAACCCACACUCCAGAGAAUCUCACGACAGUGGUCUGGCCAGCUUGUUCCACUUUGGACUGCCGGCCACCGACCCUUCUGAGUCUUCCCCGGGUGAAGAACUCUCUGACUCUCCAAAAACUCUUCACGCUUGUUCCCCACCUAGUCUCUCUCCGUAUGGCCAAGAGCAUCCGGAAGGCUGACCUAAAGCCUCCUGUCGGCUGAAAGGGCAAGAGUGGCAAACGUGUUGAUUUCACACGCACACUCAGCUUCUUAUACCGGAUCCCAAGGCUCUUCCUUUUCCUCUCCCCCGGCCCCGUGAGACUUUCCCACACUCCUGAAUUCAUUGCCAUCCGGGUACUGUUGUUUGCAGAUGGCCAGGUGGUUCCACGACGAGUAUGUCUGCAAGCCCACCCUAAAUGAAUCUCAAAACUGAGUCCAGGUUGCAGGGAACAGGUAUACUGAGCCAGAUUUUUUUUUUUAGGCGGGCGGGGAAGUGUGCUGGGGCUGCCUUUGCAGUUAAACAGAAAGCCCCAGUUUUGGUCAGUCAACGUUGCCACACUCGGUCUUUCAAAGAUACCUGGCAAAUCUAUCCUAAAAGGCAAAGCCUUCCGGUUUCAUGUCUCCCACAUUCUUCUUUCCUUUUCUGCAGACGUUUCCCCCCCCUCCUUGUUUCCAUUUGGCCUCCUUGUUCUCAGUGGUUCUAAAGGGGGGGGGGGGAGAGAGAGUGGCCAGUUUCAAGAACCCAAAAGGAGGGGGCUCACCACCCAGAAGCUCCGUGGUGAACUCUGCCCCCUGCCGCCUUCAGAAUACCGGCUGAAAUCAUGACACGGCAUUAGGUGAAUUAUGCGAGGCGUUGCCCUGUGUUCGUGUGUGUGUUUUUCAGGCCCGGGGUGGCAAGCCUGCAUUUUUCAAACUGCAUAGCUGUCCCUGCUCAGCUGUCACUCGGAGCGCUGAGCACUCUCCUCUACUUCAAGCUGUCCAGGGCUUUUUUUUUUUUUUGCAACAGGAACUCUUUUGCAUGUUAGGCCACAUCCCUCUGAUGUAGCCAAUCCUCCCAAGAGCUUACAGUCGGCCCUGCACUAAGAGCCCUGGAAGCUCCAGGAGGGUUGGCUACGUCAGGGGGCGUGGCCUGAUAUGCAAAGGAGCUCCUGCGAUGAAAAAACCCUGAGGCCCUCUGAGACCUUGCUGGGGCCUCCCUUCCAACCAGGGCUGCUGGGGAAGAGCAGAGGUCGGUUCGGAGCACCGUGGCACUGGGACGUGCUCCAAAAGCAAGCCCACCUUAGGUAGCGCCGGUCUUGGGAGAUCCCUGAUUCCUUAGCCCCCUGCAGGGCUGCUUUGGGUUCUGCCCUCCAAAAAGGCAAAGAACGAUUCAGCAGCUGGACUGACCCAGGUUCUGUUUGCUUCCUUGCCGAGCGAUCCCUGCCUUCCCGCCCCUUCCUUGUUUCCUGUGCCCUUCUCUUGACCGUUCCUCCUUAUUUCCUGGCUGAGGUUCUUGGGCAAGGUGACCCUUUUGUGGCCUGAGGCGUUCCCAGCUUCCUUGCAGUGCAGAGGUGAGUGGUGGGGGGAGGGCGGCACUUAACUGCUUGCCUGAUUUCCCUGGAGUUCCCUUCUGCUGGGAGCCAGACCUUUCUACAGGACUCUGUUGUGGAACAACUGGACCUUCCAGGUCAGAGUUCUGGAGGACACUCCCCUCCCGCACACGCACCCUGACACCCAGUCCCUGCCAGCCAGCAGGCCUCACUCAGAACUGUGAAGAGACCUUGCUUCUGACAUGGUCAACCGGAAGGGGGAUCCCGACAACAGCAAUGACGACGAUCCUCUAAACGUUGGGUGACUUUACUGAACUUAAGUUUCAAAGUUUAUGAGAGCUUUAUUUCCUGCAAAGCAGGAGGGGAGGGUAUAGCCCCCGAAUUCUCCCGGUCCUUAGGAUCCCUUUUGCGAUGGCCUCCAGUCUUUCAAGCCACCCUUCCCCGUCGUCUUCGGAUCGGCAACGUAGAGAGCCGGGCUGUAUCUUCUGGGGGCGGCUGACCUUCAGAGAGGCUGCUCUUCUCCCAAAGAGUCCCGCUUCUCACUCCCUUGGCCCUUUGUCUCCCUUUCCUCGUGAUCCGGGCCACACCGUGUUUAUUCUCCGCCAGCCAAAGGAAGCCAAAUCGAGGCAGGUGUGACUCUCCACCUCUGGGUUUUAUAGAUGUCCUUCCCUCAAGAGCAAACGGCAUAAUUGCUGCGGUUCCCCCCACCACACCUAGCCACAUAACACACAUUCCACAUUCCAGAAUCGAUAAAGGCCAAAAAGGUGAAAGAAAGAAACAACAUUGCUGCUUUCUGUUCCCUACUUCCAACACCGAAUCCCCUCAAUCCCUGUGCAAACAAUUGACUUAAAGUGCAGCAUGGGGGGAGGGCCUCAAGGAACCUUCCGAUGGCCAGUCUCUCCCCCCCCUUUAAAGAAUUAAAUCUGGCUUCUCCCCCCACUCCCACCCAGCCACCCAAUCUUUACUACUGACUUGAAAAUAAUCUAUAUUUAUUAGACCAGAAUAGUUCUGGGCGGCGCGUUGAGUGUCUUUGGUUGUACAUACUCUAUGAAUAAAGAGAACCGGAGCUCCUUUUUGAA